AUGUUCUGCUCAGCAAGCCAAAAGCUGCUGCACCGGCGCAGCCACAAGAAGCUGCGGGACGCCGAGACCCCGGCCUCACAUCAUCAUCACAAGCGACAAAACAGCGCGUGGAGCGACUCGUCGAGGGCGUCGUCGUCGUCGUCCGGGUCUGAUUCUUCGUCAUCGUCGUCGUCGAGGAGGGACGGCAGCACGGUAGAGUGGGAUCCGCUGAGGCUGCACCCGUCCAUGGCGGCGCCCGAGCAGUCGCCGCCCCGCUGCGUGGAGCGGCGGUACCAGCACCAGGAGGAGGCCGAGGAGAAGCACCACCGCCUCGCCCACAACAGGCAGCCGGGCUUCUCGCUCGAGAUCUACGACGGCUUCGAUUUCGGAUUCGGUGCCGCUGCGCAGAAGAAAUUGCCCGCCGCCGUGGCGGUGGUGGUGGCGGAGGCGGAGGCGGGGCGGACCCUGCGAGCGCCAAGCUCAGAGGCGGACCUACGUCACCAGCAGAGGCACAGCAGCCCCGACCCGGCCGAGUGGGGCAGCGAGUCCCAGCCCCCGUCCCCCAGCCGCCGCCGGCCCUUGCCCGCCAGCCUGAACGAGGCCGACUAUUUCCUCAAACGCGGCGGCUGGAAGCGCCGCGGCAUCGUAUUCUGCACCGACGAGCCCGUGGCGACGGACGACGAUGUCUUCGAGAUUCCUUGA